ACCACCACCACCAUAUUUUGGAAUUUCCAAAACGACUACGACAAAGAUAUAAAGCACGAGAUAAUACCUUCUCUCGCCAUGUUACCAAGCAUCUAACCUACGCAUCUCGCCCUCACCACCACGCAUGAAUACAACGCCCGACAGGCCACAAUGAACACUGAGGACCCCGAUGGCGGGGUCCCUGCUGCCACCUACAGCGACGAUGAGCUGUCCCCCACCAGGCCGAAACCGAAAGAGCUCCCCGCCGACCUCCCCAAAUCCCUCAACGAUCGCCGCGCCAUUCCCGAGUAUACAGCAGAGACGGAGAUGUAUGAUGCGUGGCAGGGACAAUCACAGUUCCUCACUGCGCCAGUGCUCGCCAGACCCUUACAGUUCAACAAUCUUUCCCUCUCGGACGAUUUUGGCGAUGUCUCCCAACGAGUCGAGGACAGCGACAACAGGCUGAUGGAGAUGCUCGCUGCUCAGGCCGCACACCGUGACGGGUCGGCACCAGACGGAGACGAAGACGCAAUCGCAGCGGACGAGAAAUUGGACGAUGCGGAAAAGAGGACAACGUUGCAACGGGCGCUGAAUAUGGCGGCCAGUAAUGGAGAUGUAGAGCGCAUACAACGGAUUCUGGGAGGGGAUGCGAGGAAGUUCGUCGAUCUGGAUCUGCCAGAUGAGGAGGGCACGGCACCACUAAUUUAUGCCAGCUGCUUUGGCCAUGAACCAGUGGUAGUCGCCCUCCUUGAAGCUGGGGCCAACGUCGACAAGCAAGACCGAAACCAAUGGAGUGCGCUCAUGUGGGCCAUGACCAACCGACACAAAGGAAUCGCCAAAACCCUCCUCGACGCAGGCGCCUCCCCGGACGCAAAAUCAUCUUCUGGCCGCACCGCCUUCGACUUUGUUGCACCCGACAGCGAGCUCUCGGAUUAUCUUCAUGAUAGUGGGUAUCACAUUGGGAAUGCCGGUGUGGCAGACGACUUUUACAAUGCUGGCUUUGAGCAAGAUCGCUUCGAAGAGGAGAUGGCCGAAAACGAAUUGAGGCGGCGCAUGAUGAUGGAGAGCGCAAGGGAUCUGGAGGUCGAUCUGGGAAAUGUUGGGAUGGAUGACCAGCCAGAGACCCCCGAAGAAUUGGAAGAGGAAAUGCAGGAAUUCGACUGGGCGCGCUGCCUGCACGAUCAAAUGUUCGUCUUCCAAGAAAGUGAGCUGAACCGCAUCUUGGAUAUUGUCAUCACCAACAUGACGCCCCAAAGAUCAACCUCACAAAAACCGGUGCCAGCAAACAUGAUUUUCCUCAGCGCGCGCUACGCACACUACCACUCCAGUCAAGAGCUCCUCGGCAAGCUACUCAUCAUGGCCAUGGACAAAAUCAACGAUGUCGUCGAGGCAUAUCAGUGGGAUAUGACAAUCUUGGCGUUUUGGAUGUCGAACGCCACACUCCUACUACAUUACUUGAAGAAGGAUGGGGGACUCUCGGAAUCUACGGGAGAAUUUCAGCUGCAGUUAGCGGAGCUCAUCAAUGAGAUAUUCAUCCUUAUCAUCAGAGACGCAGAACGCAGGAUAGACAAGGUCCUCGACCCCGCAAUGCUCGACCACGAAACAAUCCCCGGAUUCGAAGACAUUGCCUUCCAGGACGAAUGGAAGAUCUUCAAGCGAAAAACGACUGUCAAGGAGCAGCCUGCAGAAAAGCGCUUCCGACCACCGUCCCCGAAACAGCGCGCGAAGCCAGCCCCGCGCAACGUGACGUCCCUCCUCUCCUCAACCCUCUUCGUCCUCGACCUAUAUGACAUUCACACCGUCAUCUCGGCACAGAUCCUCGCUCAGCUCUUCUACUGGAUCGCUGCCGAGCUCUUCAACCGCGUCAUGUCCAAUCGGCGUUAUCUAGCCCGCACCAAGGCGAUGCAGAUCCGCAUGAACAUCUCCAUCCUCGAGGACUGGGCUCGCGCGAACAAUCGCAAGCCGGAGCAUUACGAAAACGGAUCCAUGUCCGCGUCAGGUGAGACCACAGUCGAAGCGGCGCGCCGCCAUCUCGCUCCUGUCAUACAGCUCCUUCAGUGGUUGCAGUGUUUUUCAUCCCUUGCCCCGGACGACUUUGAGAGUCUUGUCGGGACUCUCCAGCAACUUACGAAACUAACGCCACAACAACUCAUCCAUUCCGUGAAACACUACCGUCCCGAAGUCGGCGAGAAGGGUCUACCGAAGAGCGCCAUGAAAUACAUCAUCAAUCUCCAACGAGAAACGCAAGCACGGAAAGAUCGCCAGCGUGCUGCUGCCUCAUCACCGAGACCAGGCGACUCGGCGCCUUCAACGCCUGUAAAACCUGGGCAGAACAAUGGCAACAGCAGCGUACCCCCGACGCCUGACUCGAUACAGCGCGAAGAGGAAGAGGAGGAGGAGGAUGCGCCCGAGAAUUUAUUACUAGAUCCCGCACUCAUGCUUCCAUUUUCGCUGCCGACGAGCACGGAUAUGCUAGUUAGUUUCGGGGCUGGGUUUGGAGGGGUGAAUAGAGAGAGGGAGAGAAAGUAUAUCCCGACGGUGCCUCCGGAGUUUUUAGCGAAGCUGGAUGCGAGAGGUAGGGCGGAGGGUGGGAGUUAUGCGGAGGCGGAUUGGGCAGAUGAACCUGUGUAGGCGGGGAUGUAAAUGGGGGUUACAAUGGGAGAGUACUGUAUAUAGAUGCCACCUUAGUCGGUGCCUCAAAACAAGUAAAAAGUACAGCAAACCUUGGCAUAUGGCAAGACGCGAAAUGAGCUUCUUUGGGAUGAAAUAUGAACUAGGCGCUGGCCACAGAGACCAUCGACUCAGCACCAGCGGGCAGCUCGAACAAACAUAACCACUAAAUCCCAUGCGUA